AUGGCCGGUCCUCUCCCUGUUGGGGCUAUGCCUUACAAUGUCCCGGCAAUCCUGCAUCAACAACCUCAACCUCCCCUGCCAAGAGCUCCUAUGCCACAGCACAACAGUGCCCCUGCGGGAUUCCCUGCACCCAUGCUUGCCAACACACAAACCUAUCGCCAUCCUCCUACCCCUCCCAUGGAUAUGCAUCGUCAAGAUCCCAUCAAGGUCCAGAAUGUCCGGGACAGGGAGCCUCAGAUAUACAGAGCUGUCCGCCUAGAAAAGCUUCCCAAUGCCUCCAGCAGUGGCAGGGCCCGUGAUGCACGGCAUGAUUGGGAGGAUGAGGAGAUCGUCCACACCAAUCAUAACAUGUCCCAAAAUAUGAUCAGGGACAGGAUUGAAGAGCUCCAGAAUACAACGAAGUCUGUAUCCAAGAAGAAGCAAGACAAGAGCGAAGCCAUCCAGUCCCAGCUUGAGAGAGCCCAAACCGACUUGACCAGUCAGGACCUUGAUGUGCGCUUCUACUACAAGUUAGUCCAGUUCGAAUCCCAAUGGCGAACAGCAGACGAUCGCAGGCCCAAGGAUGAUAGAAGUGUGCGAAGCACCAAGAAACAUAGGGGACACUCAAAACGAAGCAAAUCCCCCAAGAUGAAGAGGGCAGCAAUCAUUGCAUACUUCAAACGAACGCCCACUGAUGGUCGGCAUGGCUUGAGACCUGCCGCUGCGCCUGUACCAAUGAGACAACCAAGGCAGAUCCCACAACCAUAUGUCCCUCAGCCACACAUGGGGGGCUUGCCUCCUGUUCCUCUCCCUCAAGGAUUCAACCGUCCUACUCCUGUAGCUCCUCCUAUGCCAACACCUGCUAUGGUCGACCCAAGGCUCAAUGGCCAGCCACAAGAUGCCACUGUCCAACAGACAGCUCGUCCUGUGCCACAAGCCCAGCCGCCUCGACAGGCCAUGUUCAACAACGCGCAGCAGAGUAACAUGCCGCCCAUGAAGCAAGGCGGUGCGGUCCAUGAUGCUACGGGUAACCAGAGACCAGCCCCUGGGCCAGUACCAAGACCGCCGCCUACAAACUUUCAAAUUCGCCCAGCUCCCACCCAAGGACCAUUUCCUGUACAGAACGCUUCGCCAUAUAUGACCCCAGCCGGUCCAGGUGUACCCAAGGGGACCUUCCAGACAGGCAACCGUCCCCAAAAGAAGAUUGUGAUAGAAACCAAUCAGAAUAAUAGAGACCAUGGUAAAGUGUAUCAUGGCUCAGACCCUGAUUGUGAAUCAUCUUCGAGUGAAUGGUCGGAAGAUGAAAGCGAAGAUACAAGACCAUCGUCGAUUAGCUCUGAUCAAGAUUUGCCGCAACAUGGUCGGGGGCGCAGCCCAGGCCGCACAUAUCGAGAUCCUCGGGGAAAUGUGAUCAUCCAGAGCCCCAAACACAUCAGAAAAGACGCCGAGCACAUGCUUGACAAGCGUGCUUCCAAGCCUCCUCAUCCACAGCAAGUGCAUUUCAACUCUCCUGCCUACCGCUACCGAGAGGGAAGUCGCUCGCCAAGACGCGAGCAUCAUUCUCAGCGUCGGCACGAGGAGACACGGAGAGUAGAGCCACCACGCAUCAUUCAGGUAGCAAGACCAAGCGUCCGUCAUGUCCCUAUACUUCCAACUCGACGUGAGAGUUUUGAAAGAAGGCAUAGUCGCGAUGAUAAGCCAUUAGAGCGUGCGCGAUUCGAUGAUGGUCAUCGUGACCGAACCAUUGGAAGAGACAAUGAUCGCUUCACCCAUCUCGAAGAAGAUGUUCGACGGCGCCGCGAGCUUAAGGAGAGGCGGGAUAGCUGGAAAGAGCACGACCACAAGUAUGCCGAUUCGCCUCGUUGGAGUGAUCAGAAAGCUCGAAGCUACAUGCUUCAAAGCCUGCCACACCGUUCAACCCGGUAUCACGAAGGGCGUGGGGUGGGCAGAGGAUACAUCGAUUGA